UCUCUCUUCCCCGUUCAGUUGCCGUUGGUCGCUUGGUAACGCUCGGACACUCGAGCCCGAUUAACCUGCCUCAGACGCGCGGGUGGAACCGCUUCAGGCCGGGACGAACAGUUGCUCUCGGUCGCGGCCUUCCCCCUUCCUCGACCUCGGCGUUGUCGCGAAGAUGGGCGCCGAAGGCUCGACGGCCAGGUUUCUUCUCGUGGUGCUCGUCGGCUGUCUCGCCUCGAGGACAGCGUACGGAUUAGAGUGUUUCCGAUGCGUGAGCACAAACAGCACCCGUCCGUUCUUGUGCAACGAAUUCCUAUCGCACAGCGAGGACUUGGAGCCGGAGAGUUGCGAUGACGUUUACAAUGCGCAAUACUGCAUCAAGCACGUUGGUCGAUUCGAGGCCUUGGCAUUGGAAUGCUAUCAGUGCGCUUCGGCCGACGAGUGGAAGUGCGACAACAGCCAGCUGGUCGCGAAUUACCUCCAGCCAUCGAGUUGUGACCACGUAUUCGAAGCUCAGUUCUGUGUCAAAACAAUUGGACGCUACGGAGGUGGAGUGGGAACCAAACGAUUUUGCUCGUCGGUGGACCUAGGAAACUAUUGCGAUUACGUGCAGCAACCUGGCGAUAAGCUCAGUUAUCGUACCUGUGUCUACACUUGUAACUCAGACGGUUGCAAUCCAGCUUCCAGUCUAACUCCAUCUAGAUGUUUAAGUGGCCUCCUGUGUAUCAUAAGUUUUGGAUAUCUUUAUGGAGACAGAUAAUAUACUUUCUAUCCUUUCUUUUGUCAGUUUUGUGAAUGUACUUUCUAAAUAGUAUAUUUUUAAAUACGCCAUUUUUCUAUUAAUCUUAUUGGAAUACCACUACAAACAUUUUAACAAAGUAAAAAAUUGCGCGAAAUAUUUACUUUCGUUUAAUUUAUUAUAGAAAAUUAUGUGUUUCUGAUAAUUAGCAAUUGUAUAUUUGUUUUAUACUAUAUAAAGUUAAGUGUC